AUGUCCCGCGAAGGUUUUCAAAUCCCAACAAACCUGGAUGCUGCCGCCGCAGGCACAACCGCGGCCAGAACCGCGACUUUGAAGUACAUCUGCGCCGAAUGCUCCAGCAAGCUUUCGUUGUCCAGAACCGACCCCGUGCGGUGCAAGGACUGUGGCCACCGUAUCUUGCUGAAAGCGCGUACCAAACGUAUGGUCCAGUUCGAGGCUCGCUAA